AUGGCCCAAACAGAAAAUGUCAGCAGUUUUCUCAUAGAUGGCGCCGCUGUAGUUAAGUCCCGUUGUGUCACCAUUACUUUAUAUUGCAACAGAAGGAGACAAGCCACAGUAGUAAUCAACAUGGCGGCGGAACAUUCCCGUGCAUAUAUGGAUAACCCUGGAGUAUGGCAACUUUGCUUGGAUCAUACAUGCCAAUACACUUGGUUGGAAAGUGAAAUUAAACAAAAACCUGGUAAGAAAGGUACUCCUUUAUCCGGAAAAAGCAGCAAAAUGGGUGUCAAAAGUGAAAAAAGCAAUAAAAGCAUUAGUUAUAAAAGCGUUAAAAGUGAAACUAGAAGUGAUACUGUGACAGAUAAAACCGAAAAAGAUAAGAAAAGUGUAAAAAGAGAAAAAAGUAGCGUCAGAAAAAAAGAGCCAUUUCAAAGAACACCACCACCACAAGAGCAAGAAGUUGAUUCAGAUAGUUUUAUAUUGACACUUGGAAUUUCAAUUGACAAUGAAUCAAACAAAGGCUGGUCCCACAAUUUGCUAGUACCUCAGACCCGUACUGUACCUUUAUUGAAACCGACAAAAGAUGAAGGUAAUUUGGAUUCAUUUGCCCAAAGAGGGCCAAAGCAUGAGCCUUGGAAAAGAUACAGGUGGAUCGAUUGGGCUAUUAAAGAGAAAAUUGUAAACCCAAGAGCGCCAUUAAAACCAAUCAAAAGUUUUUUAACCGUUGACCCAUUCAGAGAUAAAUACUCUUUUAUGGUUCAAAAAGACAGCAAUAUAGAUACCGCUGUAUUAACAGAUACUAAAAAAUCAGAUCAAUUACCGAAAUCUAAAAAAGUGAAAACAACCUUUGCCUAUGAAGAUAUCACAGAAUGGUUAGACUACGAGGAUAUCUACAAAUCAUUGCAGCUUGUAACGAUCUACCACAGAGGAUCUUCGUUUAAAGUCAAGACAAGAGUGUCCAAUACAAGUAGUGACAACAUUAAGAAGGAAACUAGAUAUCCAUUUGCGAAACGACUGGAACAAUUGCAUGGAUUGGAAUGGAAAGAAGUUAUAUAUCCUGUCAUACCGCAAAAAAGUAGAAAUGAACCCGUGUAUCUAUUUUGUGAUUCAUUGUUCAAACAAACUGUAGUUAUUAACUUAAGUCAAACUAUAAACGAUUCUAUCUUUAUCGGAAAACAAAAGGAAGCUGUGAUCAGGGUAGUUGAACCAGAAGGUGAAUGUGGUGUAUGCCCAACAACGUUUAUGGAAAGAAUAAAGAAGAAUAUAGAGCCGAAAACAACUAGUGUUAACCCAGAUAUAUACAAAAAAGUUCAACCUUAUAGUAAACGAGACAUACCUGGAUCUUCUAUUGUUAUAUCAAAAUUUAAUUGGAGUUCACAAAAGGUAAACGAGUAUAUUGGGGAACUUUCUACAACAGGAUCAAGUAGUUACGUACUGAAUCUCAAAGCAGGACAACACAUCUUGAUGAUUUGGAUCCAAACCAAUGGAUCUUAUUGUUUACAAUUCUUCUCUAAUACGUACCUCUGCAUUGGAAAUCUGGAAGAGACAUUGACGUUGAUGAGCAAUGACCCUUUGUUAUUUAAACAUGCGUAUUGCAAAUUCACAGAAGAUUUAGAGAACCUGAUAUACUCUUUUGGAAUAAAAGAAGGAUUUUUGGCUGCUUUAAGAGAUUUUUACAGAAGCUAUAAACCACAAGAAAACCUAAGUAAAAAAGAUACAAACCUUAUUCACGAUAUAUUUUUAAAAGAGUUUUUUGAAAUAAUAACCACGAGAUUUGCACCGGAAACCUUGAAAGCUGUCAAAAUAUUACUUAGAAAAUGGCAGUUCGAUGACACCUGUCGAUGUGUAGUUCGAGAUCCAUCGAUUUACUGUUAUCCACUUUAUGGAGAAGAAAAUAAAUAUGCAGAGAUUAUGAACAAACAUGUUACAAAAAUCCAGUCAUUUUUCAGAGGAGUUUAUGAAAGGAUUAUGACAAGUCACCAUGACGCGAAGUCAAAACGUUUUUCCACAACGGCAGAGACAUUGUAUAAAGUUUGUGAAAAGUUUGAUGAGCAUAAUAAGAUUUUGGGUGCAUAUACUUUAUGUAAAUUUAUCGAGAACCCAGGCAUGAAACAAUUUCAGCAGCAUUAUGCAUGGUAUGAGGACAAGUUAAAGAAAAUAUGUGUAACGCAAUGUUUUCAUACUAUUAACGUUGAAAAGGGAUGGAAUCUUAUUACAAGACAAGGAUUUCUUGUUAGAUCUGGCCCCCCAAUAAAGAUCAGAAUCCACGUAUUUUGCGACAUGGAUCAAUACGUUGUCCGCGUAUUUGAUAACGACAACGCUAAAGAGAUGAAAGAGUAUCUCAAUAACGUUAUAGUCAACGAAUACAAAUCCAAUGUUUAUGGAUACACCGUUGUUGCAUUUGGCACAUCUGAAACGUCAAAAACAGUUACUUUUAAGGUUAUGUAUGCCUGCCAACAGGAAGGCACUGAAGAAAUAAUAUAUUUUACAAAUGUUGCUUCGCAGAAAAUGGUUUUUGACGAUUAUUAUAUACCCAAUCAUAAUAACUACAUCGGCAGAUAUACAGUUAAAGUAAAAAGUGACUCUCGUAUGACUUUACAUUUAUCCACCAGUUACCCGACAGUAAAAAUUUUUCUGAAGAUCAUUAACAUCAUGCAACCUAACCAAAUUAUAAUCGAAACUUCCGGUUCUGGUUCAGUAACUAUUCCUUUUGUCCUAUUAAAGUCUAAGAGGAGAAGCCAAAGAUUUGGGAAUAAUAUGGAGAGCAAAUCAUUUUUCAUGUCUAACUCGGAUUCUGCUCAGGUUAUUCCUUCGAAAAAAGGUUCCAAACGAGCCGAUAGCAAAAGCUCUCACUUAUCAUCCAAAGGAAAAUCGAUCAUAAUUCCCAAAAAACCGUCAACCACUUCACCAAAAUUUUCCCUCGACGAUGUUAAUGAAAUGACAUAUAUAAUUGAAGUAUUUGUUGUGGAUAAUUCUUGGCCUUUGACAUAUAGAGAAUGGCAGAUAGUAGAAAUGGAAAGAAUACGAAGAAUGGAAAUAGAAUCUCUUUUUGUUGAAUCUCGAACUGGGUCUUUGGAUAACUACUCAAGUGAAAUGGAGAAGUCUCUUAAAAUUGAUUAUGAUUUGCUUAAACCUAGACGAUCUAGUAAACCACCAGGUAAUCCGUCUUCAACUUUAAUUCUAUAUUAUGGUGAUAUUGAAGACGUAACAGUUACAAUAAAUACAGAUAAAGAAGAUUACAUAAUCCGUACCAAAAUGGCUUGGUAUGAGAAUGAUCCACAUCGGUAUAAUACAGCUAAAAUAUUAAGGAAAGAAUUUCUUACAGAAAAUCUAAUACUAAAUAACAAUAUUCUAAAUAAUCAUGAAGCAAGAAGUAUAAAUGGAAAAGAUUUUGAGGAGUAUAUUGUACCUCCAAUUGAUAUUGCCCAAUAUUCCAAAACAAAUUUGAGUCAAGAAGGAUUCAAGAUGGUUAAAUCCACGCAGGACGUGGAGCAGGAUAUACAAAAAAUACUGACAGAGGUUUCCCUCUACGAGUCCGAUCUAACAAAUGAGGCGAAAAAUAUGGAAAAGUUCAUGGAUGAGCACAUCGCCGAUUUGGAGACGUUUAAUAAUUGGUUUAAAGAUAUACAGCAAGACUCUGUGUGGAUGAUGGAUCAAGUUUAUAAAGAUAGAUUUGACUUCUUGCAGAACAUACGUGACCUUGUUAGACCCAAAUCUAAGGGUAAAAAAGGUAAAGCAGAUAAAAAGAAGAAAAAUAGAUAAUAGAGAAAGAGACAAUGGUUGUUUUUGCAUUAUAUUUUUACUUUUUUUAUAUAAUAUAUGUCAAUA